CACGACUAGGAGUAACAGUAGUUAGAGCAGGGGCACACAGAGAUGAGAGAAGAAAAAGAAAAAGAAAAGAGUGUAUCCGUUGUCGUAAACGAUGUUUCCGACGUCAGAGAAUGGCCUUACCUAGCUGGAUCUGAACCCCACCAUAGACCCACCACCAUCUUAUUUAUCUCCCUCUCUUCACCUCUUCUGCUUCCUACUAGCUACUACCUCUAUCCACUAUUCCCAACACCACCUACCCUCUGCCUAUCAAAACUCUAAUUUUGACCUGAAAUCAAAUCUCUCACCAUUUUUGACUUCACCCUCCUUUUUUUUUUUUUUUUUUAUUAUUCCCCCUGCCACCAUAAUAAAUCUCCUCCCUCUCUCUCUCUCUCUCUCUGCAUUGCCCACAUACGGUACGAUAGGAUAGGAGGAUGAAGGCUCUCACACUGGCAUCCCUCUUGGCCUCUUUCUCCUUCACGGAGCUUACCUCGUACCUGGCAUGCUUCAUCCUCCUCCUGCUUCUCCUGGAACAGAUCUCGUACAUAGUCAAAAAAGGUUCCAUCCCAGGACCCUCCUUGGUCCUUCCCUUCCUAGGCAACGCAAUCCCAUUGGUCCGAAACCCUACCAAAUUCUGGGACCUUCAAUCCUCUUUCGCUAAAUCCACUCCCUUGGGCUUCUCCGCCAACUACAUCAUCGGCAACUUCAUCGUCUUCAUCCGAGACUCCGAACUCUCCCACAAAAUCUUCUCCAAUGUCAGGCCCGACGCCUUCCGCUUAGUGGGCCACCCCUUCGGGAAAAAACUAUUCGGCGAACACAACCUCAUCUACAUGACUGGCCAAGACCACAAAAAUCUCCGCCGUCGGAUCGCCCCCAAUUUCACCCCUAAAGCCCUCUCCACCUACACCUCGCUCCAGCAGAUUAUCAUCCUCAACCACCUCAAGUCAUGGGUCAGUCAGGCCCAAGCCCAAGGCUCCUAUUCUAUUCCGCUCCGCAUCCUGGCUCGUGACAUGAACCUCGAGACCUCCCAGACCGUCUUCGUGGGCCCGUACUUGGGCCUCAAAGCCCGAGAGCGAUUUGAGAGGGAUUACUUUCUAUUCAACGUGGGGCUAAUGAAGCUGCCGUUUGACUUCCCCGGCACCGCGUUUCGGAACGCGAGGCUCGCCGUGGACCGGCUUGUCGUAGCCCUAGGCACGUGCACCGAGAUGAGCAAAACGAGGAUGCGGACAUUAGGGGAAGAGCCUUCGUGCCUCAUCGAUUACUGGAUGCAGGACACGCUCAGGGAAAUCGAGGAGGCCAAGCUCGCCGGAGAAACGCCGCCGCCGUUCUCCACCGAUGCCGAGAUCGGUGGCUACCUCUUCGACUUCCUCUUCGCGGCGCAGGACGCGUCCACUUCGUCGCUUCUGUGGGCGGUGGCUUUGCUCGAAUCGCACCCGGAGGUGCUCGCGAAGGUGAGGGCCGAAGUCGCCGGAAUCUGGUCGCCGGAGUCGGAUGAACUGAUUACUGCCGAUAUGCUUAGGGAGAUGAAGUACACUCAGGCGGUGGCACGUGAGGUGGUGAGGUUCCGGCCGCCGGCGACGCUGGUGCCGCACGUCGCGGCGGAAAGGUUUCCGUUGACGGAAUCGUACACGAUACCAAAAGGAGCUAUCGUGUUUCCGUCGGCGUUCGAGUCGUCGUUUCAAGGGUUCACUGAACCGGACCGGUUUGACCCGGACCGGUUCUCGGAGGAGAGACAGGAGGACCAAAUAUUUAAGAGAAACUUUCUCGCGUUCGGGGCUGGGCCCCACCAGUGUGUAGGUCAAAGGUACGCGUUGAAUCAUCUUGUUCUCUUCAUCGCCUUGUUCACAACGUUGAUCGAUUUCAAGAGGGACAUAUCCGACGGCUGUGAUGAGAUUGCGUACGUGCCCACCAUUUGCCCCAAAGACGACUGCAGGGUAUUUCUGUCCAAACGGUGCGCACGGUAUCCUUCUUUUCCUUCGGUAGAGGACCUCGUCAAAUGACCAUAUUGCCCUUCUCUCAUGGGUUUAUUUAUUCGUCUCAUGCAGGUUUAUCAUUUUUUAAAUUUAAUUGGAUAAGAUGCGUUUUGGAUUCCAAUUUUUGGUUUAAAUUGGAUAAAUUCAAUUUUGACUGAAAAUUAAGACAUCCAAAAUGUGUUUUUAUCAAAAUUUGUUUGUGUUUUGUGUCUAGCAGCCACAAAAUUGUGUUGACUUUUCUUCUGGUUGGUUUUUUUGAAAUGUUGCAAUCCUUGUAAGAGUUUGUGUAUGUGAAUGUGAGAGGUGAUUGGAAGGUGGAUGAUUGGGUGCUUAUUAGCAAUCAAAUAAAAUGAUGUAACAAAGAAAGAUGCCAAAUUUACUGAGGUGGCCCUUUUGAACUUUUGGGAUGCUGCUGCUGUAUCUGUACGUGUAUCUUUUGUAAAGUUCUGAAAGGUGUUCUUUUGGGAAAAAACAUUAUUACAUACUUGUGAUCACUCUGAAUGAUGAAAUUAUUGCCGUUAUUAUAA